CGUCACCACCCCGGUUGGACAUUGUUCUGCUCAGUGAUAACGUUCAGGAGGGGAAGGGAAGAGAAGUGGUUGAGUUUUACUUUGUACCGGGGAGAAUGCGCUCCCUUAUUGGACUAGCCGUUGUUGUGACCGGAGCCACCCUGUACCUUUACUCUCUGUCUCUGUAUCUUCCCGCUGGACCACGAAGACAUCCUCAGCCGUGUCCAGAGGGGAAGGAGUCCCAGCAGACCUGCGACGUCUCCGGGGAACUCAGCAGAUUGAAGUUCCCAUCAGACCUGGAGGACCUGCGGGAACUGUCUGAACUCCUGCAGUUUUACAAAACAGAGCACACCGCAUAUGUCCUGCUCCUGUUCUGCAGCGCAUACCUCUACAAGCAGUCGUUUGCCAUCCCUGGAUCAUCUUUCCUGAACAUUCUUGCAGGAGCUAUCUUUGGACCGUAUCUAGGACUGUUCCUUGCCUGUGUGCUCACCACAGUGGGCUCCACCAUGUGCUACCUCCUCUCCCAAGCCUUUGGAAAACAACACAUCAUAAAUCUUUUCCCAGAGAAAGUUUCCAUGCUACAGAAAAAGGUGGAAGACAAUCGGGACUGUUUGUUCUUCUUUCUGCUGUUCCUGAGAUUUUUUCCCAUGACUCCCAACUGGUUCCUGAACAUGUCUGCCCCCAUCGUCAACAUCCCUAUCACAUACUUCUUUUUCUCAGUAUUUAUUGGCCUGCUGCCCUACAACUUCAUCUGUGUGCAGAUGGGCGCCAUGCUGUCCGAGGUGUCCUCGCUGGAUGACCUGUUCUCCUGGGAGCACCUCCUGCAGCUGCUGGCCAUUGCCUGCGUGGCUCUGGUGCCCAGCGCCCUCAUCCGGCGCCUCAGCCAGAGGCGUAUCAAGCUGGCCGUCCAGCCCCAGAAUGGAAUUGACUCGGAUAAGAAGGUGCAGUGACCCCGCUGGAGGGUUUAUACGUUUUUAUCCACUCAGUUUUCAGAUGCCUUCUGCUCUCCAGAGCAAACAUUUUCAAAGUAGCAGCUGUUUAAAAAAACCUUUACGCCUAUGUCGUUUUUGGUUAUGGAUCGCUUUACACCCGCCGGAAUUGUGUGGAGAUCAAUAGGAAGCACUGCUUUUCUAAAAAUUACAAAUGCAUUUGAUGGACUUUUAUUAAAAAAAAAGAAAUGUUUUCCAGUUUUGGUGUUUUGUAGCUACAGUAUUUGUGUAAUGUAUGAAUGUACAGGAAUCAUGAAGAGGAGAGAAGAUCUUUUUUCACUCAUGUUUGACAACAAGAGUUCUGCUUUAGUUUAAACUUUGCUUUCAAAGUGCCUGUUUUGUUUUGGCCUUUAAAUUCUACCUCCAUGGACUCACUGAAAUAUUAAUGUGAAAACCGCGAAAGGCCUGCCCGUAUUCCUGCAGAUUAGAUGAUGUCUCAUGGGUUUAUGCUUGUCCUUUUUCUAUUUGUAACUUAAAAAUUGGCUAGUCUUAAGAAUCCACAUCAGUCAGUCACAACAUGAAAGCAUACCAGGCCUUACAUGUUCACUAAUAUAAAAGCACAAAACUAAGGGGCCAAACUUUUGAAUCUAAAGCCAUUGUAUGUGCCUGGAAAAAGCCCAGAUGAACAAAGGCUCCGUUCACUAAAUCCACUGAAGCCACAGCCAAAACCCCACUGUCACUUCAGGAAAUCCAGAGUUCCCCUGUUCACAAUCUGAAGGGCCACUGUUGUUUUUGUGGAGCAGAAAAAUCUUCACAUCCUAAUAUUUUAAAGCGGGUAAGGAUGGGCUUUUAUUGAAUGCUUUUCCGUUCUUACUGUUGAAUUCUUUACUGAAUUUGAACUGUAAAGUUAUUUCUGACCUGGUGAAGCUUUGAGGUACAAACUCUUUCUUUAUUGCCUCUUUUUAUGAAUUGUGUGUUUGUGAAAAGUGCUGUGGGCGCACUUUUUUAUGCCUUUCUUUGAAAAAGGUUUUGCAUUUGCCUUUUCUAUUAUUGAGGUGUCAAUUAUUUUAAAUGUAAUGUAAUGUUCAACAAUGUUAGCAUUUACAAACAAAUCACAUUUUAAUCCAGCACUUGGCUUAUAUACCCAGUUAAGAUAUGUAAAAAGCCUUAAAGUAAAGGAAUCUUUCAUUGUAGCAAAAUCGAUCAUCAAACCCAUUGGAAAAAUGUAUUUGUUUAAGUACAUUCAUUUGGUGUGGGAGAACAUGAAAAAGUUUUUUUUUGUUUUUUUUUACAGACUGUAAAUUUCGCUGUAAUUCUUUUAAAGUGAAUAUAACUUCUAAUAUAUUUUUUCAAAGUUGAGCUGUUUCAAGAAACUUUUAAACUGCUACUAUUUAAAAUGGAAAAGACAAGAAGUCAGACUGAUCUGUGUUGAAGUUCAAAAGCUACUUCCUUAAACUUUCUCUUAUUUACAACCAGAGCAAUAAGAAAAUGAAUCUUUAAAACGACUAACUGUGACAGCCAAGACUGGGCAAGAAAGGCAAGUCAGAACAGGAUGUUGAGAGGUUAAAAGUGCCACCAAGUCCCCUUAGCUACCCCUACAUACUCUGUACACACCAGCGAGGAACUUUUAUACCUUAACAAGCAUAAAAUCACUUGAGUUUUAACUAACUGGAAAUGUCUGCUUUGCUCAGAUCAGACUAAUUAUGCACCUGCAGUUUGGGCAACACUGUAGGUGGGUGUUGAGUGUGUGGGGGGGGGGAAAGGACAAAUCUGUGGAAAAGCCCUCAUGUCUAGUGUGAUCCUGUCGCCUGUUUUUCAUAUAAAGGUUAGUGGAUGGCAUUAUGAGCUCUUUAUCACCAUUUUAAAUGAAAUGGUUGAUAGAAGACUGAAUAACCUUCUAUGGGCUUCUCAAUCCUGUAUGAAACUGACUCUAAAUGCUCCAACCUUGUUAAAUGUUACAGGAGAAGAUAAAGUGCUUCAUGAUUGGCAGUAGAGGGUUAUAAAAAGGCAUUUAGGAUAAGUGUGAUGUAAUUGACUAUACUCAAAUUAAAGCUUGGUUUUUUCUAAAAUGCUUUAGCGUUAUAUUGUUUCUCCAAUAAAAAAUUAAUUUAUUUCAAGGCUUUUUACAAGGGUGCUAAUGAACACAGUCAGUUCUGUAUUAGGACUCAGUUUGGAGCUGGAAAAAUACAUUGGACCAUCUUUAUUUAUUUCUAUUUAAAUCUGAUGUGCAAUAUUGUUUUCUGAAAGUCCCUCCUGUUGGUGGAGUUGUUGUAAUACAAGGACUUCUUUGUGCAAUGAUGGGUUUUGCAGGUGUAAGUGUUUCAAGUAAUAAAAACAAAACAAGCUUUU